GGCGAUAGAGAGAUGGGCGUGGGGGCUCUCCAAAUGCCUUUGGCCGCCGCUGGUGUCGAACCAUCAAUCUCCUCAAGGGGUGAACCCCGAUGGCCUUCGAGGCAUCCAUGAUUCAGAGGCGCCUGGCCCGCCCUCGCGCAGCGUCCUGGACCUGUUCAGCCUCGAGGGCAGCGUCGCGUUCGUGACCGGGGGAUCCCGCGGCAUCGGCAGGUCCACCUGCCUGGCGCUCGCGAGCGCUGGAGCCGAUGUGAUGGUGACAGAUCAACCGAAUGAAGCCAAAUGGUGCAAGUCGGUGGUGGAAGACAUUGAAUGUCUUGGGCGGAGGGCUGCCACAGAUGUCUGUGACGUGCGAGAUCUCAUCUCCGUGAAAAGGGCGGUUCAGACUUGCAAAGAGUAA